AUGGCCACCACGACCAGCGAGGAGGACUCUCCAGUCCCGGCCACCGUAGCACCCCAGCAGCCUGACGUGGAAACUAGCAUAGAACCCGACUCAGCGGCAAAGACUGAGCCCAGAGACCCCCGAUGUGACAGAGAGGAUGAGGAAGAGGAGGAAGGAGGAGGAAGCUCCGGUCUGGGCCAGGAGAAUGCAGCAGAGGAGAGUUUGGACCCAGAGUGGAUGGAGGAGAGGUUCAGGAUUGACAGGAAGAAGCUGGAGACCAUGUUGUAUGCUCCGAAGCACGAAGACGGUGAGACAGGAGAGGAGUUUUUUGAGAGAGUAAUGAGAGAAACUAACACUCAGGUGAAAUGGCCAUCCAAGCUGAAGAUAGGAGCCAAGUCAAAAAAAGAUCCACAUGUGAAGGUGGAAGGGAAGAGAGCCAAUGUUGUGGAAGCCAAAAAAAAGAUACUAGAAGUGCUGGAAACCAGGGUAAACAAGGUGACUCUGAAAAUGGACGUGGCGUAUACAGAGCACUCCCAUGUGAUUGGAAAAGGUGGUGGAAACAUCAAAAAGGUGAUGGAAGUCACAUCCUGUCACAUCCACUUCCCUGACUCCAACCGCCACAACGCUAAUGGGGAGAAAAGCAACCAGGUCUCUAUAGCUGGGCCCAUAGAGGGGGUGGAGGAAGCCAGGAGGAGGAUAAGAGACCUCCAGCCACUUUCCUUGACCUUUGACCUGCCAGUCAGCCUGGUGCCUCAGGCUCUGCCAGAUGCAGGAUCCCCUCUCAUCCAGCAGGUGGUGCAGACUCUGGGGGUCAGUGUGAGCUUCAGGGCUGUGCCACCUCAGCCUCAAGCCCAGACUCCCUUUUACGGAAGCUGCUGCACCGUCUGGGGGCUGCAGGGCAACGCAACUGCUGUCAAGAAGGCGACCUGCAUCCUGAUGGACCUGCUGCUGGGGUCAGAGGUCACAGCCGGUAUCGUGAGCAGCCAGCUGGAUGUCACCUCUCAGCAGCAUCUCUUCCUGCUGGGACAGAACGGAGCUCACUUCCUGAGCGUUAUGCACCAGACACAGACCCAGAUCAUCCUACCGGACCUCAGUGCUCCUCAGAGUCCUCCCUCGCUGCUCAUCCAGGGCAGCCCCGACGGAGUGUGUCUGGCUCGGCAGCAGCUCAUGGACUGUCUGCCUGUGUGUUUGAUGUUUGACAUGCGUGAAGAUGGGGAGGCAGAUCCUUGUAAGCUGGCUCAGAUGAUGCAAAACCUGGGAGUCUUCAUUAGUGUCAAGCCCAAAGUAAAACAGACCAGCAAGUCUGUGGUGGUGAAGGGCCUGGAGAGAAACAUCUCAUGCCUUUAUGAGGCCCGGUGUUUGCUCCUCGGGCUGGAUUCCUGUGAGAGUGCCAAGGUAACUGAAAUGACCCCUGACCCCAUCAUGGCCAGCAGUGGAAUGACCAACUACUGGCUCAACAUGUUACUGCAGCAGCUUCGCCUUUCUGAGCAGGGCACUGCACCUGCUCCAACUACAGAGGUGCUACCUGGUACGAAGCCCCGUCCCUUCCCUCCACCAGGCCUCACCUCUCCCACCGAGGAGGGGAGGACAGGACUAAAAGGAACAGAUGGUCGGCCGCUGGAGAAGAUCCUUGAAAAUGAGGACCAGUCUGGCCAAUCAGAGGACGAGAGCUCUGAGGUCAUCCUGAUGUCACCAUCUGAGGUGUGUGAUGCAGUGAACAGCAGCAUCAGCAGGGUGGGGUUGAAUGUCCGGAGGGGGAGUCUCCAGGGUCCUGAAAUCGCCAAGGUUUUCAGCCAAGUGAGACGCCAUUCGACAGGGCAGGCCCUCACAUACAGAUUCCUGAACGCAGAGAUGGAGGGAGGGAGGAGUGAGCGGAGGAACAGCCUGAGGAGAGACGUGACUCUGGCUCAAAAUGCUUGCGCUGACUCAUCCAAGGCUGAGGAUUACGACUAUGAGAAGAAGAAACUGCUGGCAACCAGAGCCAUGCAGAGGAAGCCUGUGGUCACAGAGGUCCGAACACCUACAGACACUUGGAGCGGCCUUGGCUUCUCCAAGUCUAUGCCUGCUGAGGCUGUCAAAGAGCUUCGCAACAUCAGCCGACGCAACUACAAACCCUACCUGAGCAGCAGCAAUACCCAGCAGCAGUCUUGGGCUGCUCAGACAGGAAAGCUGUGUAAUGGCAGCGACUCGGUGAACUGGAGGGACAGACGUGGAUCCACGUCUUCAACCCUGCCUGCUUCUUCCUCCUCCCCCUCUUCCUCAUCCUCAUCCUCCCCCUCCUCACCCCCGUCUGCCUUCUCCUCAUCCACCUCCUCCUUUCCUGCGUUUGCAUCUUCAGUGAGCAGGAGCAGAACUGACAAACCCUUGGAGAGCUUUGUGAGCACCAGCAGCUACUUUGAAGGUGCGUGCUCGUCGAGGAGGGCGUCAACCUGCAGUCAGCGGAGCCCCUCCCCCCACAUGACGGAUGACCUACCUGAGCUGCUCAGCCAACUUGGCCUGAUCAAAUACAUCGAUGUGUUUGAACAGCAGGAGAUUGACUACCACACAUUCCUCACUCUGUCUGAUGAAGAUCUGAAGGAAGUGGGUGUCUCCACCUUUGGAGCCAGACGGAAGAUGUUAUUAGCAAUCUCAGAUCUGAACAAAAGCAAGAGGAGGCUCUCGGAUACUCCUGCUGUAAAGCCUGGCUACCUGGAAGGCGGUGCUAGUGGUAGACUUCCAAGAAUCAUGGAUGUGGAAGUUGCAGCUCAGAGUAACCGCUGGUGAAAGAAGACACCGACCAGCUCUGAGCUCCAUCUGACCAGUGUGGCGAUAUCUGACUUCUAAAAGUAUGCAGUGACUGUUGCCAGUAUGAAACGUCUUUUCUGCCUAUUAUUUAACAAAAAUGAAGAAGCCCGAAAGAGUGACAAAAACAUUUAAAUCCAGUGCCUUUCUUAAACAGCCAUAACCCAAAGCUUUUUAUUUUUCUAAGAAUGCAAUACAAGGAGGACUUCCCUUCAAAAUGUGCACAUUUACAAGAAACAAACUACUUAAAACACAAGUGAACACGAAAACAUGUUGAUUGAAGUUCUUUGUGGCGACGGUUAUUGUCAUGAAGUGCCUUUCUCAAGAAAACUCUGUGCUUUGUUACCAUGUUAACCACUUCUUUUAUGCAAUUGCAAAUAGAUAUUUACAGAAGAAAAUGACAUUGCAAUAUGACAGUAAAGAUAAUUAAAAGGUUG